AUUUUCUCUGAAAUUGCUUGUGAGUUCGUGACUAUGUCUGGAAGAGGAAAGGGCGGUGGGAAAGGUCGCGCCAAGGCGAAGUCUCGGUCGUCCCGGGCUGGCCUGCAGUUCCCGGUGGGCCGUGUUCACAGGCUCCUGAGAAAGGGUAACUAUGCUGAGCGUGUGGGUGCCGGAGCGCCGGUCUAUCUGGCUGCGGUGCUGGAGUAUCUGACGGCUGAAAUCCUGGAGCUGGCCGGCAACGCGGCCCGGGACAACAAGAAGACCCGCAUCAUCCCCAGGCAUCUGCAGCUGGCCGUGCGCAACGACGAGGAGCUCAACAAGCUGCUGGGAGGGGUGACCAUCGCUCAGGGCGGGGUGCUGCCUAAUAUCCAGGCCGUGCUGCUGCCCAAGAAAUCCGGCUCUGCGGCAGCCGCUAAAAAGUGAAGAGUUCUUUCUUGAAUCUGACAACCCAAAGGCUCUUUUAAGAGCCACUCACAGCAUCAGUGAAAUGAGCUAAACUUUCAGUCGGAUUGAUUAUUUUCCUCGCCUUUGUACCGGACAUCAAUAAAUUCCAAGCUCCAUUUAAUUGGA